AUGCCUUAUUCAAUUCUGUUAAAUGACACCCUUGUUGUUCCUUUUGAAGCAAAGAGAGGGCUAAGGCAGGCAUAUUCCUUGUCUCCCUUUCUUUUUGCUCUUAGUAUGGAAUAUAUAAGCAGAUAUUUGGGUGAUUUACAGAAGAAUCCUGGUUAUAACUUUCGCUCCAAGUGUGAAAGACUCAAAUUGACACACUUGAUGUUUGCAGAUGAUCUGCGUCUCUUCUCAAGAGCAGAUCGUAGUUCAGUUACCAAGCUUAUGGUUGCAUUUACUAAGUUUUCUAUUGCCAAUGGUGUUGAAGCCAGUAUUGACAAAAGUGUUAUCUACAUUUCCGGUGUUACUGAAGAUAUGAAAGCUCAUUUUGCUAAUAGCAUUAAUAUUCCUACUAGGACCCUUCCUUUCAAAUAUCUUGGGGUUCCUUUGUCUUCAAAGAAGCUAAAUUUUUCUCAAAGCAAACUACUUAUUGGGAAAAUCACUGCUAGGGCUCAAGGAUGGAUGGCUCACCUAGUUUCAUAUGCUAGAAGACAUCAAAUCAUCAGAGUUUAUCACUCUUGA